AUGACGACCGCAAUUCCAUAUUCACGGAGCUUGGCUCAACAGCUCUGGUAUAGGUCAACCCGACCCUUCACGCGACCUGGUCACUCCAACUCUCUCCUACGCGUCUCAUGUACCUGUUCCGGCCAGAAUUACUCUCAGAUCUCCCAUAACUCCUAUUCCACCCAUUUGUCAGGGUCGAAACAAGGUCGAACAUACGCAACAGCUGCUGCCAAAACCACUCGCAAGCCGAAAGCAGCCUCCGUCCGUACUGCAGCAACUAAGAAGACUACCACCACCAAGAGAAGCACAAAGAAACCAACAGCCAAGAACGCAGUCAGAAAACCAAAAAAGAAGGCAGCCGCCAAAAAGCCGAAGCCGAAGAAGAUCAGAGUCAAGAAAGCACCAACCAAGACUGCUCUCGCACAGAAAGCACGACUUGCUCGCGCAGACCUCCGCCAGGCAGCACUUCUUGACCAACCCAAACAGCUUCCUGCAACCGCAUUCACCUUGCUCCUCGUUAAUGAGGCCAAGAGCGCAAAGGGCGCUGUCUCUGCAGCCGCCAAGACCAGCUCGGCCAAAUAUAAAGCAUUGUCGGCAGAGGAUCGUGAGCGUCUCAAUCAUGAGGCGAAUCAGAAUGCCGAAAAGAAUGCACUUGCCUACAAGGAAUGGGUCCAAUCCCACACCCCUCUGCAGAUCAAAAAGGCCAACAAUGCUCGUAGACAGCUUACUGCAAAGGCCAAAGCUGCUGGCCAGAAAAUCUCGUACCGUGCAAUUCAUGACGAUCGAAUUGUGAAGCAAUCACGCACAGCGUACUCAUUCUUCUGUCAGGACCGGUUUGCGUCAGGAGACUUUGCCGGCAUUUCUAUUGCAGAGAGCGGUACGCUCGUCGGAAAGGAGUGGCACGAGCUUUCUGAGAGCGCAAAGAAGCCAUAUAUCGCCCAGGCCGAUGCAGAUAAAACUCGAUAUCUGGAAGAACACAAAUCUGUCUACGGAGUGGACCCACCUAGCGUCGUACGGCGACGAAAGACUACAUAG